AUGUCGGAAGGCGGCCGCUGCACUUUUGACGGCUUCCGUGGAGGAAUAGGAACAUUCGACGAUGAAACAUGUCAUUGGAUCCGGGCGUGGAUGUAUCGCCCGGACAAUUAUGCGUUCUUCUUCGCCUUCGAAAGAAGGCCACGCAACUUCCGUGAUAGUCGAAGCCGACGACGGUACUUGCGACGGUUAAGGUAA